AGAAACGCGAAUUGGUCUUUUCCUCGUGUCCACCAUAAUGAAAGCUCGUGGAGAUUUGAAAGAGUACCAGGUGGUCGGGCGGAUGAUGCCUCGCCCAAGGGACCGUACCCCUGCUCUGUACCAAAUGAAAAUUUUUGCCCCAGACAAGUGUACAGCUAAGUCUAGGUUUUGGUACUUUGUGUCACAACUGAAGAAAAUGAAGAAGACCCAGGGGGAAAUUCUCCAAUGCAGAGAGAUGUACGAGAAGCACCCCUUGGUGAUCAAGAAUAUUGGCAUCUGGCUGAGAUACGUCUCUCGUAGCGGAAUCCACAAUAUGUACCGUGAAUAUCGCGAUCUGACUGCGGCUGGUGCUGUGACUCAGUGUUACCGGGAUAUGGGAGCCCGUCACAGAGCAAGAGCAUCAACGAUCCAGAUCAUCAGAGUGGAGGAGGUGGCGGCAUCAAAGACACGCCGACCAAACAUCAAACAGUUCCAUAACAGCAAGAUCCGAUUCCCUCUCACUCACAGACUGAACAGGAAACUGCACAAGCCAAGAUUCACAACAUCUCGGCCACACUUAACGUUCUAAAACAGUGGUGUUUUAGAGACAGUGCUGUACAUACAAAUAAAAAAAAUAUACUAAA